UCACUAUUUAAAAAUUGAAAUGGACUUUAUAAGUAUCAGAAUUGAACUCUACUCACUCUCUGAAGUCAGUGAAGUGCAACACUAUAUAAAUACUAGCUGAUUAAAAAAUAUUAGCUCAGUAAAUCGUAAACUUGCAAAAAUUAAAAUGACUUCUUCAAGUUCUUCAGGUUUUCGGGCGGCCGUAUUGCAGUUAACCGUCACGGCUGACAAAUCAACAAACAUAGCCAUCGCUGUAAAACGUAUACAGCAAGCAAAGUCUAAUGGUUGCACAUUAGCCGUAUUACCAGAAUGUUUCACGACACCAUACGACAACGCUCUGUUCAGAAAAUACGCUGAAAUCAUUCCCGACGGUGAAACAUGUAAAGCUUUGUCACAAGCUGCCAAGUCGAAUCAAAUGUACGUUGUUGGUGGUUCAAUCCCAGAGUUAUGUGAUAACAAAGUCUACAAUACGUGCACUGUUUGGGAUCCAAAUGGAAACUUGAUAGCCAAACAUAGAAAAGUGCAUUUAUUUGAUGUAAAUAUCCCCGGUAGUACUUGCUUCAAAGAGUCUAAUGCUAUGUCUCCAGGAAAUACACUUAAUACUUUCCAAUUGGGCAAAUUUAAGGUUGGACUGGGUAUUUGUCAUGAUAUGAGAUUUUCGGAAAUGGCAGCAUUAUAUCGAAAACAAGGAUGUGAUUUGUUGAUAUACCCUGGUGCUUUUUGUACGGAGCUUGGACCACCCCAUUGGAGCUUAUUAAUUAGAUUCAGAGCAUUGGAAAAUCAAACAUUUGUAAUUGCUGCUUCGCCGGCCAGGGACACUAAAUCUAAUUACGUAGCAUGGGGUCAUUCAAUGGUUGCAGAUCCGUGGGGUGCAAUUGUAGAAGAAGCUAAUGAAAAGGAUAUGGAUUUAUAUGUAGAUCUUGAUUUUACUCUUCGGGAAAACAUUAAACGGCAAAUACCCAUUGGAAAUCAAAGAAGAACUGACAUAUACGAUACAAUUGAUAUGAAAAAUAUAAAGUAAUACAACUGGCUAAUUGACUGCAACCUAUAUAUCGUUGGAAUUUUCGGAAAUCAGAAAUUGAAAAUUAUUAUAAAUCAUUUACUAGUUAGUAAGAAAAAAAAUGUCAUGACUCGUUUACAAAUUAAAUAAAAGUUAUAAAUAUUAUGUAAUAGUUAUCUACAGUAUAAUUGUAGAUAUUAUUAAUAUAUAAAUAUUAUAAUAUCCAUUAAUUAUAAUUUAUGUUCAAACUUUCUAUAA